AUGGAUGAUGACUUUAAGGUUGUGGCACGUCCGAAACGUCGGCAAAAAUUCUCCAAAUCAAAACUUUUACAAAUCCAGCAAACGAGGCUCGUAUCAGAAAGUAAACAAGAUGAAGAUGAGGAUUUGACUUCUUCAGUUGAAUAUAUUUGCAAGACAUUACGAGAUUACAGAGAAGAAAUGAAGUCCACAAGUUUCUACAAAUCUUUUAAAGAGCUUUUGUUGGUCAAGCUGCAUCAUGGCUUAAAAUGUGACCGGCACCAGUCAUUAUUCACCAACAAUGGUGAAAGAGAUUCAAAUGAAGAGUACAUCAUCGACUCAACUCCUGAUCUCAAAAAAACAUUAUUUGACCCUGCAAAGGAAGAAAGUAUUUCAAACAUUUAUAGACAGACUUCAUCUACGACCAUCGAUCUCCAAGCACUGACAAUCCAAGAAUCUGCUGAUGACCAGGAAGUUAUUACUCCGAAAACUGAUAAUGCUGAAACUGCUUCCUUUCUAUUAUCCCCCAGUGAAAUGUGUUUGUGCAGACCCCACCCUCAGGCUGUUGGCUGUGAUACUGAUCACUGUAAAACGCUGACCAAUUUGGAACUGGUCAUUUAUGGCAUUGGUAAUUUUGCAGAAUGUAUAAUUGCACGGUACCAGUUAGCGUUAAUGUUGGCUUUGCAAAACACAUUAAAGUUGCCUGGUUCUCGUGUACUGGUCUUUGAUCCAAAAUUAUCUGCUGUUGAAAAAUCUGCCAUCAGAGAAUUAGGAUUUUCUCUUAUAAGCCACAAUGAGGAAGGUAAGCAUCGUGGAACAGACAAGCAAUGGACACUGUUCUUCAUGCCACAUUGUGGAAAGGCAUUGUGCAAUAAUUUACUCUGGGCCAACUGGUCAGCUCAGCAACUUUCUAACAUCAUCAUCAUUGGAAACAGUUUCUCCAGUCUUGUUGAAAGAACACCCGACCGACUAUUAAAGCGGUAUUACUUCUAUAUUUGGAAAAUAUCCUUUUUUUUAAUAUUGUAA